UUCAACGAUCCCUUUUUCCAACUUCCUGCUUGUUGAAAAUGUGAUUUUUUUGGGGGGUGGGAGGUCUUUAAUGUUGGAAAUAACAUUUUUCUUCACUAAGAAAGACAUUUUACAAGUAAAGCAUUAUCAAUCAUUAUUCUUGAAGUUGCUUAGCCUGAUUAACUGUGAGAUAUCUGUGUGCCUUGAAAAGGGUAGCAAUUUUCUUUAGGGAAGAAGUGCUUUCAUCUUCAUGUGAUUUAGGCUUAAAGGCAGUAUCGUAAGGGGAUAAAAAUGUCCCAGAGAAAUAUCUGUUAAAUGUGAUGGAAGACAGAGCUACCUAGGAUGAUAAAGCUCAGGGGUAAAAGUUGGGUUACAUAGUAGGAAGUCUUACUAGUGUGGUAGCUACUUUAACCUUGAAGUUUGAGAUGCUCUUGUAGAAACAGGCAUAACAAGAGUCUUGUAUGAUAAUAGAAACAUUAAAUGCAUGCUCAGUGUGCUAAAUGUGCGUGAAAAACGUUGAGUUAAUAUACCACACAUAAGUAACAGCUAUUAAUGCAACCGUAUUCGGUUUUAGGCCGGGCGAGAGUGACGUCGGAACCUUUAUGUUGGGGAUCUUAUUGCAGUGGGGACCGGAAAAGGAGCAGGAUCCUUUGGGACGAUGUUGGGAGGUCGUAAGCCGAACUGCUCUGGGGUCGCUUUUUAGGAGUCCUUAGGUCUGGAAUCCGGGGCACGCAAGAUGACAUCCCGCACAUAAAUUGUCGGCGGGUGAAUUGUGUGUACGGCCGGUGGCACGCAGCUCACCGUGAGACUGGCUGUUUUGCGCAGGCGCGAGAAAGGGCGGCGUUUUACGGCUGGGCUCUGCGUAGGAUCCGUGCGAGGCAAGCGCGAAAGAAUUUAAGGCACCUAAUGCUGUUGGAUUAAGAAGUUCAGCACAUUGUUUUGGUAAACAGGAUGAACAAGUCACUGAACCUAAUACUUCUAUACACGCCCGGUUACUUAACUGCUCCCCUCCCCCCCAGUAUUAACCAGGAAGUGAAAUUCAUCCUUUACAUGAAACUUAUUUAACAAAGACCUUAUGCUAGGCACUAGAACCAUCUCAGUAGGACUCUACCAGUAAAACCAGUGAAUACAGCAUCAUGUGGUUCAAAUCCUAUAGGAUGACUUUUACCUGCUUGAGUAGGCUGAAAAAUUACAGGUACCCUUGGACAAGACAGUACAGUACUUCUCAAACUACUGUGGACAGCAAUGAGGUUAAAACCUUCCUUACUCUGGCUCACAAGUGGUGGGAUGAGCAAGGAGCAUAUGCACCUCUUCAUUCUAUGAAUGACCUGAGGGUACCAUUUAUUAGAGACAAUCUUUUAAAAACAGUUGCCAAUCACCAACCAGGAAAACCCUUGUCUGGGAUGAAGAUUCUUGAUGUUGGCUGUGGUGGUGGAUUGUUAACUGAACCUCUAGGUAGACUUGGGGCUUCGGUUAUUGGAAUUGAUCCUGUGGAUGAGAACAUUAAAACAGCACAGUGCCAUAAAUCAUUUGACCCAGUCCUGGAUAAGAGGAUAGAGUACAGAGUGUGUUCCCUGGAAGAGAUUGUAGAAGAGACUACAGAGACAUUUGAUGCUGUAGUAGCUUCUGAAGUUGUAGAACAUGUGAUUGACCUAGAAACAUUUAUACAGUGCUGCUGUCAAGUAUUAAAACCUGGUGGUUCUUUAUUCAUUACUACAAUCAACAAAACACAGCUGUCCUAUGUCUUGGGAAUUGUUUUUUCAGAGCAAAUUGCAGGUAUUGUACCAAAAGGUACUCAUACCUGGGAGAAGUUUGUUUCACCUGAAAAGCUAGAGAGCAUUCUGGAAUCUAAUGGUCUUUCAGUCCAAAUUGUGGCAGGAAUGCUGUACAACCCCUUCUCAGGAUAUUGGCAUUGGACUGAAAACACCAGUCUUAACUAUGCAGCUCAUGCUGUAAAAUCCUGGGAUCAAGAAAACCAGGUAUCUGCUGAUCUUGUUUUAAAAGAAAAAACAGAAGAAUUCCAGACUGAAGCCUCAGCCAAUCCAGAUGUGCAUGAAAAGCUGAAGAAAUGAAUUACUUGUAAGGAAUAGUAAUAUUACUUGAAAUUUUGAUGCUUUCAAAUGUAAAAAUAUAGAAUUUAUCCUCUGAGAGAAGAUCAUAAAGAAAAGAAAAUCAAUAAAAAGGACUAAAAGCUUGGA